CUCACCACCCCCUUGAUCAUAUAAACCUGUUUCCAGUUUUCACCAUCAUCGCUAAACCCUAAACCCUGCUUACUACUGGACGGCAAGAGCAAGGAGUGAGUGGAAGAUACGUAGGAGAAAGCUACAAUGUCCUCGUCCGAAGAUGAAUCGAUGUCAGAAUUGGACGAACAGGAAGAACAGAGAAAGCCAACCAGGUCUGAGGGAUCGGUACUUGAUUAUAUCAUGAGCUUGGAAAGUGUUCCGUCCAAACUCCCCCCACAUCUUGAACUCAUGAGGACGCGGGUUUUCUGCAAUAACGAUGCUCCUGACCAUACAGAUACCAUACAGUAUUCUGGCGCCUAUGCUGCGUUAGGAGUUGAUAAUAGCAUACGAUUAGAUAAUUUCUGUCAGAACUUCAAAGUUCAAGUGAAUCGACUUACAGAGGAUGACAUGGAGUUCGAUAUGAUGGGAAUUGAUCCAGCACUUGCCAAUGCAUUUCGAAGAAUUCUUAUAGCAGAGGUUCCAACAAUGGCUAUUGAAAGAGUAUAUAUAGCAAACAAUACGUCAGUUAUACAAGACGAAGUUCUUUCCCAUCGAUUGGGUCUUAUUCCGAUCAAGGCUGACCCCAGGCUGUUUGAAAAUCCAGAAAAUGCGGGAAAUGACAAGAAUGAAAAGAACACUAUUGUCUUUAAACUCCAUGUUCGAUGUGAAAAAGGUCAUCCCCGAAUCACCGUAAAAUCAAAUGAACUGAAGUGGUUACCUAAUGGGAGUGAACUUCCUGCUGAAGAUGUCAAACCAAAUUCUGGUUCAAAACCAAGAACAUUUACUUCAUUUAGUUGCAGUCAAGAUUCCCUUCCUGAAUUUUCUACCGAUCCAAUUGCUCCCAAAAAUUUGGAUAUCAUAUUAGCUAAACUUGGACCUGGCCAGGAAAUUGAACUUGAAGCUCAUGCAGUUAAAGGCAUUGGCAAGACACAUGCAAAAUGGUCCCCAGUUGCCACUGCUUGGUAUCGGAUGCUCCCAGAGGUUGUUCUCUUGAAAGAGGUUAAGGAUGACCUUGCUGAAGAACUCAAAAAUAAAUGUCCAGUUGGAGUAUUCGAUAUUGAAGAUAUUGGAAAAGGCAGAAGAAGGGCAACUGUUGCCAACCCACGAGCGUGUACUCUAUGUAGGGAAUGCAUCAGAGGGGGAAAAGAAUGGGAGGAUCGUGUGUCCUUGCGCCGUGUUAAAGAUCAUUUUAUUUUUAAUGUUGAGUCAACUGGAGCAUUACCACCUGAAGUGCUCUUUACUGAAGCUGUGAAAAUCCUGGAAGAGAAGUGUGAGCGUGUGAUUACUGAGCUUUCUUGAUGCAAUAUUUACCUUUAAUCCAGGAUGAAAUAGAAAAAAGGAUGUAAAUGAUCCUUUGAUUAUUAUUUAACAGUUUUGUGUUUUUGAUAUGAAAGCUCUUCUCUUGUCCACGAUAAA